AUAUAACAAUUGUAGGCCCAAAGCUGCUCUACAAAUUGCGGAGAAGAUUAAAAGUACCCCUAACCAGAUACCCCAAGUUGGAGAUGGAAAAUAUGGUAACCCGAUCAGUGACCAAGUCUUUGCAUGAGGUAGAUUUGGUUGGAUGGAGAAGCCAACUAGAAGAAAAGAAGGCAGUUUUGGAAGUGGUUUGCGGGAAACAAAAGAGAUGAGGAAAGACAAUGACUAAACUCGAAAUGACUGGCUAGAAAGUUACAAGUUCAUUUGGUUCAAAUGGAUAUAUCUUCUGUAGGUAUGUUGUCUUUAGAUUAUUGUGAAUUCUUAUUACAGAAGUAUUAAACUUUGUAUUGAACUUCCGUAGAUUAAUAGGUAUAAGCAUAGAGAGCCAUAUUCAUCAAAUGGUACAACAAAGAUCAGUGGGGUUAUGGAAUGGGAGGUGGGAGACGGUCAAGAUCAGAUUGGAGAUCAGAAAGAAAAGGAAAAGAAAAAGAGGCAGAGACUUGAUUCAUAUCGCUAUGGCUUCAACACCUCGAAGAACCAGUGGAGGCCUCUUCGAAGGGCUCUACAGAGUCAUCAUGCGCUGCAACUCUGUCUACGUCACCUUCAUCAUCCCCGGUGCUUUCCUCGGUGAAUGGGCUGUGGAUUAUGGAGUUCAUAGGCUGUGGGAGUACAGUAACAUUGGGAAACGAUAUGAAGACAUUCCAGUUUUGGGGCAAAGGCCAACAGAUGAAUGAACUGUGGGCUCUUCCUUAUAACCAUCAAGUAGUUUUCGUAAGGAAAGUUGGAGUUUGCAAUUAUGCAUUAGUGGCUAUUGUGCUUUCGCAGCAACUGGGGGGGUUCCAUUCACAACUGGAGUGAAGAGGAUGGGCAGACAUGGCCAUGAUGAACCCUUCUACAUGCAUUCCUAACACAUGUAUAACUUGGACAUGAUGAAGCACCAGGCUUUGAAGAUGAGCCUUGGAGUGUUCACUGCCUUCAGCAUUGGUGUGGCUGCUCCAGUAUAUGCUGUCAUAUUCCAACAGAAGAAAACAACCUCUGGUUGAUAUGGUUGAAUGCAGCAAUAAGAGACGCAUGAUUAUGCAGUCUUUGACAUUCUCUUGGAUCCAUUUCUCAUUACUUGUCUUGUGAAAAGUAUUGUGGUCAUUUGUUUGAUAAUUUUGAUUUAAUCAAUCAAGCACAUAAGCAUCAGAUUUGGGCUUUGAAAUUGUUCAAUUCCUUCA